CGCAGCGGGGCGACCUCGGGAGGCCAAGGGGCUCUGCGCAGAGGCACCCACCCUCGCCACCAUGUGCGAGUUGUACAGCAAGCAGGACACCCUGGCUCUGAGGAAGAAGCACAUCGGGCCAUCAUGCACACUUUUCUUCGCUGAGGACCCCCUGAAAAUCGUGCGUGCUCAUAGGCAGUACAUGUUUGAUGAGAAGGGCGAGCAGUACCUGGAUUGCAUCAAUAAUGUGUCCCACGUGGGACACUGUCACCCAGAAGUGGUCCAGGCUGCCCUGAAACAAAUGGAAAUGCUCAACACCAAUUCGCGGUUCCUCCACGACAACAUGGUUGAGUAUGCCAAGCGCCUCUUGGCCAUGCUGCCUGAAAAGCUCUCUGUUUGCUAUUUUACCAAUUCUGGAUCUGAAGCCAAUGACUUAGCAUUACGUCUGGCUCGGCAGUUCAGAGGCCACCAAGACAUCAUCACUCUUGACCAUGCUUACCAUGGUCACCUAACAUCUUUAAUUGAAAUUAGCCCAUACAAAUUUCGGAAGGGCAAAGAUACCAAGAAGGAAUUUGUGCAUGUGGCAGCAACUCCUGAUACAUACAGAGGGAAGUACAGAGAAGACCACGCAGAUCCUGCUAGUGCCUACGCAGAUGAAGUGCGGAAAAUCAUCGAGGAGGCUCAUCGGGGUGGAAGGAAGAUCGCUGCCUUCAUUGCCGAGUCCAUGCAGAGCUGCGGAGGACAGGUCAUUCCCCCAGUAGGCUACUUCCAGAAGGUGGCAGAACAUGUUCGUGCCGCUGGGGGUGUAUUUAUAGCAGAUGAAGUCCAGGUGGGUUUUGGCCGAGUUGGAAGACACUUCUGGAGCUUCCAAAUGCAUGGUGAAGACUUUGUCCCAGACAUUGUCACCAUGGGAAAGCCAAUGGGCAAUGGACACCCAAUAGCAUGCGUGGUCACAACCAAAGAAAUCGCUGAAGCCUUCUGCAGUUCGGGAGUGGAGUAUUUCAAUACGUAUGGAGGAAACCCAGUGUCUUUGGCCGUUGGUCUGGCUGUGCUGGAUGUCAUUGAGAAAGAGGACCUCCAAGGAAAUGCUACACGGGUCGGGAACUAUCUCCUGGAGUUACUGAAGGAACAGAAAGCAAAACACCCUCUGAUCGGAGACAUAAGGGGCUUGGGACUGUUUAUCGGUAUUGACUUAGUGAAAGAGCAUCAGAGGAGGAGCCCCGCCACUGCCGAAGCCCAGCAUGUCAUCUACAAGAUGAAGGAGAAUCGCGUGCUACUCAGUGCUGAUGGGCCUCACCGGAACGUGCUUAAAAUCAAACCGCCCAUGUGCUUCACGGAAGAGAACGCCGCAUUCAUGGUGGGCCUGCUGGACAGAGUCCUAACAGAAUUAGAAGCUUCCCUGGGAGUCCAAAGUGGCAGUGUGGCCGCUGAGACUGUCAACUGCAAAGCCCAGCCUCCCGCUGCAGCUCACUCAGACUGGCACGGUGACAGCACAAGAGACUCCAAAGAGAAUCCCAGCCAGAAGAAAAAUGGAUUGUGCUCAGAUAAACGCUCCAUCGUGAGCAAGAGGCUCAAGACAUGAGAGAAACACCUGGAUUUUUGAGCAAGACAGGGAGGGGGGUGGCAAGAAACCUGUCCCUUCUGAUGAGUUGCACCCUUUUAAAGCAGAAUUUAAAGGUGUUCAUAAAAGCUAAGAGUUCAUAGGAAGAAAGCAAUGGGUAAUAAAACUAUGCCAGUGUAAUUAGUUUAGUCUCUACCCCGUUAAUUUUUUACUGAGAUUUCUGAACACACAACAUGUUCCUACCAAAUCUAAGCUUCCACAUAAAUAUUAAGUUGAAGCUUCUACUUCUCAUGUUUAAUGUUUAAAAUGAGAGGGACAAAGUUCAUUCCUUUCCUUAACUUUGAGAUUUGUGAGACUUGGUGCCUUGAAGUAUGAAUUCUUGAAUAUAUAUAAGUAUAUUUAUAAAUUAUGAUCAAAUAAAAGAUGAUAUAAGCCAAA